UCUCCUCCGCUUGUAGCUGUCGCGUCCGUCGCGUAUCCGUAGCCGCUACGCUUGGCUGUUCGGGGCGUGCAGCAGUCAGAACCAAGCCAACGCAGCGUAGGUCGGCGUUCCCGUGCAAGUUAAAGUUCGGGCGCUCGUCGCUCUCGCUGCUCGCAUCGCCUGCACCCGUGGCUGUCUGCACCAUCAACGGCCGCUCCGUCUGCUAGGGACGGAGCAUGAACUGAACGGGCACGAUAGCUGCGAGAAAAAAUUCGACGGUCGUCGUCCGGCGAAAGAAGCAGCGCCGCGGGAGCAAGAUGGAGCUAGAACCUUACCGCCGCGACCGAAUUUUCACCGUCGAGAGCCUGCCGAUCGAGAUCAUCGAUCACAUUCUCAGUUACUUGUCCUACGACGAAAUCAGUGUCUAUCGAAGGGUGAGCCGUCACUUCAAUGCAUGCUGCCAGAGGCUGUUGAACCAGGGUUUCUUCCGGGCCGAGCGAUUCCAUGCACAGUGUCUCAAGGCUGUCAAGAAGCAGCUUCCACGGCGAGAGUCUGAACGCCGGACUCAUCCACUUGCGCGCCACUGUGAGAUACUCACCAGCAUAGAGACCCGCCUGUCUCUGCUUAGCAUGACCUUCAUGAAGUAUAUGGACAUGAACCUGUGCUGCUUCAUUCCUGGCAAGGUUAUCGAUGAGAUCUUCAGGGUUUUACGCUUGGUUCAAGGGGCUGGUAAUGGCUGCACGACAACGCCUCCACGUGCGCACGAGAUUCUGCAAGAGCUGCGUGACAUCUCGUCGAUGGCCAUGGAGCAUUUUGACGAGCGCAUUGCACCGGGCCUCAAGCUCCACGUGGGACCUAUGAAGCCUACUCUAGGAUUCAUUGGCGCAGGACACCAUGGACCGUGUGCUGCCAGUGCAACAGUGCCACGCAGCUCUGAGCUAGAACUCCUGAAACAUCUUUCCAACUCUUCCAUCCUGCCGGGAUUCUGCUGGUCAUCUCACUUUCCUCGCUGCCUUCUUCGUCUGCCAUUCAACCAAGCAACUGCUACCUCCAUCUUAGGACGGGUACAGAAACCAUGUGUGCAUGCAGCCGCACAUUCGAGCUUGACAGAGGAGCUGAAGCAAGUGCGUGCAACCAACUUGAGCCUCCGCAAGUCACUGACGGAGUGCAAGUCCAAGCUGACUGCGCACGCCAAGAAGCAGUGCGAGCAGGAUAAACGGAUGCAUGACCAGGCACAGUUGGUUGCGGAACAAGGCAGCCGUCUCGCUGAACAAGAAGGCAAGCUCAACGAGUUGAACCGCAAGCUGCUCGAGCAGCACCGUGAAUUUGCGGACGUGCUGGAAGAAGUGAGUCGUCUUCGAGAACAAGUGGUGAACAAUUCCAACACCGGAGUAGCAGUCGGCAGCAACAAUGGCAACGAACCUGACCAGUCUGAUGGCACCGACACACUUCAAAGGACAACGCGACCUCGGUGUGGCACAAAGGCUAACACCACUAGGGAAACCACUGCAGCCAGCAGCAAGCGUCGGCACAACAGUGUUGCCUUACCUGAUACGGAGACUAGUCGGAAGCGCAUAUGCACCAACAAAGACAAGGCUGCUGCUGAGGUGGAGAGUCAGAGGCCACGGCGGACAGGAAGGGCAAAGAACGCUAGGGCAGCGAAAUGUUGAUGAGUGGCCCAUGUUCCUAUCAACAUGGUUUGCCAAACAGAACACUGUGCUUUCAGCAGAGAAGGAGGCUAGACAUGCUGCCUAUCGUGCAAGUGGUGAAUGCUAUGGGUGGCACUCUCUUGAUGCAUAUACAGUGCUGCAAAGUGUCACAUGCAUAUUGCGAGAUGUCAGGCUCGUGAAAUUGAGUUGCAUUCUUGUUUGUGAAAGCAAUCCAAGCAAGAUCGUGUCUUCUGUAAGGUUCACUGCGUUGCAGUUCAAAGCACUGGGCGGAUGACAGAAAAACACCCUGGCACCAAACACUUUUGUAAUACAAUAUUUGUAAAUUCUGUGCACACUGUUACCUUGAUGGGGUUUACAUUAUUAUAGCAUAGUCACAUAUAUACUUGUUGGCUCGUUCUUGUUGCAAACAUUUGAGCCAAUAGGAGUACUCAUACUGUAUGAGCGAGCAGUCAGUUAUUGUGCACUAUUAAAGUGAGGAAGCAGAUUAGGGACUGUAAUACUUUGCCCAUGUAAUCUAUAGCGGCAGUAUUCGUAAAGCAACCAUCCAAGUAAAUGAGUUUCAAGCCCAGUAAUUUCACUACAUUUGCAAAUAACUGCCUUGCCUAGUGAGCGUGUUACUGAGUAUCGGGAAUGUUGGCUACCUCUGAAGGCUCACAUUACAUACUUGCUUACAUUGAUACAUGUGGUUAACAAAACUGUUGUGCAACUGUCAUAACUAGCUGCCUUCAAUUGCUUACUGUGAAAGGGUUGCUAAUUACAUGUUUUGUGAAAAGCACAGCAAAGCAAAAAGCACAGCAAAAGACUUGUAAUGCAGAGCUGAAGUAAUGUCUGGCCUUUUGUUUGCUGUGUCUACAGGCUCUGUAUACUAUUUUUUAAGUACUGCAAUUUACAUUGGCCCAUUUGUCCAUUUGUGUUCAGCUUGCCAUGUACAUCUUCUCUACCGAAAGUAUACUGUUUCUGUGUAGCCUCCUUCCUAUACCGUCCUUUCUUUCUCUUUCCUGUUGUUCCUUUUAAAGGGCAGCAAAAGGGAUGGAGACUAACCACGCUUUUCAUGUAGAGUCCAUGCGAUGAUUUGAGUCAGCACUGUGUUUAAAGUUUACGGAUUGUCUGAUACUGAAAUUGCUGAGCUUUUAGAGUGUUGCAAAUUUCCCCUAAAAGAGUUCCUCCUACACUUCAUUCGCGAUAAAGCAGCAGCACUGUGGUGGAAUUGGUUUGACUUGUUCUUGUGAUUUAGCGUGUUCAUUUUCUGCUACACGGUAACUGCUGUUAUGUCCGAAAUUCAAGCUAUCAGAUAUCUGCUGUAAUCGGUAACUAACAGUUCAAUUAUGUGCUGCUAAAGGGUACAGCUAUAUCAUGAAUUGUUGCAAAGGGAGGUCCUGACAUGAUGUUGUGAAUGGGAAUGUACUCGUGCUGGCGUUGACUAGUGUUUCUGUACAAAAAUGUUUGUUAUUUUUAAGGUGAACCGUCACUGUAGACGAGGCAUAUAUGUAAAUGCUAUUCAUCUUUUCCUUUUGACUCCCAUGUGAAUACAUAAUUCGCUCUACACUGUGAAGCUGCGUGUUACCAAAUGCUCUUUCUUUUCUCUUUCUUUUCUUCAUUAAUUUUCUCUGUUGUUUUUCUUUUGUUGCCAUCUGUUCGCAGUUUCUUGCACAAAAUGUCCCAGUCACAGCGAUUGUUUUUCAUUUGCUCUUUAUUUUUCUGUGCUACUCCUGAAUAAAGUGGUAAAGUGACCAGAUGUAUCGAU